AUGCAAACCAAACACUUUACAGUACUUGUUGUCAUGCUUGGUGUAGCUCUAGCCAUACCUGAAAAGUUCCUUGACAAUAAGGACCGCAGGAUCGUCAACGGUACCGAAACGUCAAUUCUGGAUUUUCCCUUUAUGAUAUCCCUUCGUGGUGGAACUGGACGCCACUCUUGUGGAGGAAGUAUUCUGUCCGAGCUAUGGAUUUUAACAGCUGGUCACUGUGUUUCAUCGGUCACAGUCGCGAAGGAGACGGUUCAAGUGGGACGCACUGAGUUAUCUCUGAAUGUAGACGAAUCAGUGUACAGCAUCGAGCAAGUCAUUCGUCAUCCAGGGUACGAUUCCAGCAACAGCUUCAUCAACGAUAUCGCUCUUUUGAAGCUAGCAAGACCCCUAACGUUUAGUGAUCGUGUCUAUCCGGUCCGAUUACCCAAAGAUAUGUUCGAAGUCGAGAACGAUCUGAAUGAUCUCGAAGUGACGCUGAUCGGUUGGGGUGUAAAUGCUACCGGUGGAGUGGCUCCGACCACGCUUCAGCGCGUCGAAUAUUACGUUGUUCCAAACGACGAGUGCCAAGCGAUCCAUUCGAGCACAAUCCAUCCGUCACAAAUUUGUGCCGCCUAUCCUGGAGGCGGCAAAGGACAGUGCGGUGGAGAUUCUGGAGGUCCGUUGCUACAUCACGGAGUUCAGGUGGGCAUCGUUUCAUGGAGUGUCAGACCAUGUGGUGCUGCACCAUAUCCUGGCGUUCUGACAAAGGUAUCGCACCACUUGGAUUUCAUACGAGAACACACAAGUAUUCUGCAGUAA